AUGAGUCAGACCUUAAGUAAGACCUCCAGCUCCAAUAAUUACACAAUUAUUUAUGAUGGAGUGAAGGUCUAUUCAUGCAAUGAAACUGGGCAUAACUUUGAACAAGACUCAAACUUUAUGGAACAUCAGGGAGCUCAGUCUUCACACAAGGAUUCUAAAAGUAGUAAAUGUAAGAAUAUCUUUUAUCAAGCAUCAGAUCUUUCUCUAAAUAAGAGUAUCCAUAGUGGAGAGAAAACUUACAAUUGUAGUGAAUAUGGUAAAGUUUCUAAUCAGUCUUCAAAUCUGAUUAAACAGCAGAGAAUUCAGAAUCCACAGAAACAUUACAAGUGUAAUAAAUGUGGGAAAGUCUUCAGUAACUCAUCUAAUAUAAGUAAACACAGGAAGACACGUUCAGGAAGCAAACCUUUCAAGUGUACAGUAUGUGCCAAAGCCUUUCAUCAGAGUUCAAAUCUUAGUCAACAUUGGCAAAUCCAUACUGGCAGGAAACCUUAUAAAUGUAGGGAAUGUGGCAAAGUGUUUAUCUAUUUCUCAACUCUUAGUCAACAUCAGCAAAUUCACAUUGGGGAGAAACCUUAUAAAUGUGCAAAGUGUGGCAAAGCCUUUAAUCAGAACUCAAGUCUUACUCGACACCAGCGAAUUCAUACUGGAGAGAAACCUUAUAAAUGUAAGGAUUGUGGCAAAGCCUUUAGCCGGCGCAAUGGUCUUACUCAACACCAGCGAAUUCAUACUGGAGAGAGACCUUAUAAAUGUAAAGAAUGUGGGAAAGCCUUCAAUAAAAACUCAAAUCUUACUCAACACCAGCAAAUUCAUACUGGAGUGAAACCUUAUAAACGUAAGGAUUGUGGCAAAGCCUUUAGCCAGCGCUAUGGCUUUACUCAACAUCAGUUAAUUCAUACUGGAGAGAAACCUUAUAAAUGUAAAGAAUGUGGAAAAGCCUUUAGUCAAUACUCAAAUCUUACUCAACACCAGCGAAUUCAUACUGGAGUGAAACCUUAUAAAUGUAAGGAUUGUGGCAAAGCCUUUAGACAGCGCUAUGGCUUUACUCAACAUCAGUUAAUUCAUACUGGAGAGAAACUUUAUAAAUGUAAAGAAUGUGGAAAAGCCUUUAGUCAAUACUCAAAUCUUACUAAACACCAGCAAAUUCAUACUGGAAAGAAGCCUUAUAAAUGUAAGGAUUGUGGCAAAGACAUUAGCCAGGGCUCAGGCUGUAUGUACCAUCAGAGAGUUCAUACUGGAGAGAAGCCUUAUAAAUGUAAGGAUUGUGGCAAAGGCUUUAGCCGGCACUCAGGUCUUACUUGCCAUCAGAGAAUUCACACUGGAGAGAAACCUUAUAAAUGUCAAAAAUGUGGAAAAGACUUUAGUCAACGCUCUACUCUUACUCAACACCAGUGAAUUCAUACUGGAGAGAAGCCUUAUAAAUGUAAGGAUUGUGGCAAAGGCUUUAGGCACCACACAGGUCUUACUCGCCAUCAGAGAAUUCACACUGGAGAGAAACUAAAAGAAUGUGGAAAAGCUUUCAGUCACUAUGCAACUCUUACUAAACACGAGCGAAUUCAUACUGAAGAGAAGCCUUAUACAUGUAAGGAUUGUGACAAAGACUUUAACCCAGCACAUUGGUCUUACUUACCAUCAGAUAAUUCAUACUGA